UACCUUGUCAACCCACCCGCUUCUGCAGCCAAAAUACAGCCGUUCCAUUUGACACAAUGUUCGGUGUCAAAACUCUCCGAACUGUCGGUCCAGCAGUGUGUAGACGUGGUGCCUCUGUGCUGUGGAAGCCAACUAGGACCCAGAGCCGAACCCAAAGCGCGGCGGCUGGACAGAGAGUGGACAUCGGGGGGAUCUACCCGCCAAUAGCCACGCCGUUUACUCAGAAAGAGGACGUGGACUAUCAGAAACUGGAUGAAAACCUGCAGAAGUAUGCAAAGAUUCCUUUCAAAGGUCUGGUGGUGCAGGGCUCUAAUGGAGAGUACCCGUACCUGGCGGAGGAGGAGAGGGUAGAGGUGGUGAGGAGGGUCAGACUGGCACUGCCCACAGACAAGCUGGUCAUGGCAGGAUCCGGAUGUGAAUCCACCAAAGCUACAGUAGUGAUGACAGAGAGGAUGGCGGGGGCGGGGGCAGACCUGGUUCUCGUGGUAACGCCAUGCUUCUACAAGGGCAUGAUGGACAGCAGGGCGCUGGUUCACCACUUCACACAGGUGGCAGACAGUAGUCCAGUACCAGUAGUUCUGUACAGUGUCCCGGCUAACACAGGUCUUGACCUCCCUGUUGAUGCUGUGGUGAGACUGGCCCAACACCCUAACAUACUGGGACUCAAGGACAGCGGAGGAGACAUCACCAGGAUCGCUCUGAUCGUUCACAAAACGAAGCCGCAGGAUUUUCAGGUUCUGGCGGGUUCCGCUGGGUUCCUUAUGGCGGCGUAUUCCGUGGGUUGUGUGGGCGGUGUGUGUGCGCUUGCCAACGUGCUGGGGCGUGAGGUGUGUGAGCUGGAGCAGCUGUGUGUGUCGGGGCGGUGGGAAGAAGCCACUGCUCUGCAGCAGCGCCUCAUAGAGCCCAACACUGCUGUGACCAGGAAGUUUGGCGUUCCCGCUCUCAAGCAGGCGAUGGAGUGGUUUGGUUACCACGGUGGCACCUGUCGCUCUCCUCUUCAACCGCUCUCAGAGGCUGAAUCACAGCAGCUUAGACUGGACUUCUCCACCAACGGCUGGCUCUGAAGGGGACAGGGGGCGGGACUGAGUAGAAGACAGGGGACUGGGCUUGCUCCAGGUUGAAGUUGCCAUCAUAGAAUAGAAUGCGUAGAACAUUAUGGCAUCAUUGACUUGAAUGUGGAUUUCCUUUCUACUCAUUCUAAUUAUAUGGUUGUCUCUAACCACAGAUCUAGGAUCAGGUGACUCUACACCCAGUCCUAACCUUAACCAUUAGGGAGUUGAUAAAAGAUGUGACCCUGUAUCAGUUGUUAGGGGCAACAUCAACCUACUGUGACUGUUUCAUACAUGCAUAGCUUCCUUCCCUUCCUGGCCUUAAAUCUAAGAGGACUUGAUAGUUGGAAGCAAUAACCAAUCCAGUCCUUUCACCUAUCAGUGGUCUUGCUGCCUUGCUAUAUAGGAGGCCGUUGUGAGGGUGUUGUGUGUUAGAGACGUCAACACUGUAGGACUACCCCAAGGCUUCCCACCUGUAAUGGCCAUAGGGGUUUUCAAUGUGUCCCACAUCACACCCUAUUCACUACAUAGUGCACUGCGGUUGACCAGAGCCCUAUGGGUCCUGGUUAAAUAGUAGUGCACUGUAUAGGGGAAUGGGUUGCCAUUUUGGGACGCACCCUUUGACAUGAAUUAAAUACAGCAGGAAAUAAAAAGACAUGUAAGGAAUCAGUUUGUUUAUAUUCCCGAAGGAUGUUUUUCAAAUAAAGAGAAAGACCACCUACCCAGCAACCGUCA